AUGGUUUCAAAUACUGAUUUGGCCUUCCUGGCCCUAACAUUGGUUGUCCUCAACAAGCGGAAAAAAGAGAAAACGACGGUGGUCCAAGGAGUGGAACCAGAAGACUAUAGGAACUUUUUGAGAAUGGACGGAGAAAGUUUCGAUUAUCUGCUGGAGUUAGUAAGGCCCGACAUCGAGAAGAAGGAUACAAAUAUGCGUGAAGCGAUUCCUGCAAGCCAGAGACUGUCUAUCACACUGAGGUAUCUAGCGUCUGGUGCAGAUUUGGAAGACCUAAAAUUCACUUGCGCCAUAGCACCUCAAACUCUGGAGUCCAUCAUAAUGGAAACUUGUUCGGCAAUAACGAAGGCAUUGAAGAAAAACAUUCAGGUUCCGAAAUCGCAAGAUGGAUGGGAAAGAGUAUCGCAGGAGUUCGAAGAACAAUGGAAUUUCCCCAAUUGCUUAGGGAGCGCUGACGGUAAACACGUGGCAAUCCAAAAACCACCCAAUUCCGGAUCAUACUAUUACAAUUACAAGGGAUAUUUCAGCAUUGUGCUUAUGGCUGUUGUUGAUGCUAACUACAAAUUUCUGAUGGUGGAUGUGGGAGCGAAUGGUCGAGUGUCUGAUGGUGGCGUUAUGAAAAACACCUUAUUUUGGCGCAAGUUGUCUGAGAACCAGCUUAACUUGCCUGAUCCUCGACAGUUACCAGGCACUUCUAAGAAAUGUCCGUACGUGUUUCUUGGCGAUGAAGCUUUCCAACUUCACCCUAAUUUCAUGAAACCGUACAAUAGGGCUGCUCUGACAAAUGAUAAAACGAUUUACAACUACAGACUCUCCCGAGCCAGAAGAGUAGUGGAGAAUGCGUUCGGAAUAUUAACGAAAAGAUUUAAAAUAUUUCAAAAACCCAUUAAAUUUGAGCCAUUAAAAGUUAGAAAAAUCGUUAUGACAUGUUGCCAUUUGCAUAACUAUUUAUGCUCAAAAAACAGAGCUAACUAUUUGCCACCUCAGAACAUUGACAAUGAAGACGUUACUACUGGUGCUAAGGAACUUGGGUCAUGGAGACAAGACACUCCACAGAUGCUUUUCCUUCAAAAGACUAAAGGCAAUGCAACAGUAUUAGCAAAAACAGUAAUUACCGGAACGUUCCCUCUCGUUGUUUUGGUGAAAUAUCCGAGUGAGCACAAUUCGCGUUCGGCUGGUGUUUUGGUAAGAAUAUGGAAACCGUGCGAGGGUCGGUGUAAUCGAGAGAAACCGCCAUGCAAGUAUUUUCCCCCGCCACAGCAUUUGAAGGAUCAAUUACUUAUCAACGGAAGGAACCAUCUGGCAUUGAAAAAUGCUCUCAUGCAGCAGAUGGGUCUUACGCCGGGACAACCGAUAGUACCUGGUCAAGUGCCCGCAGUUGUGGAUGGAUCGGCCUGCAGCCUUCCUCUCACCUUGUUCCCGCACCCUUCCAUGUCACUAGAUGAACAGUGCGCACUUAUGGCCGCAAAUCCAUACCUCACCGGAGUACCUCAAGUAGGAAGCACUUACAGCCCAUAUUUUGCGCCAGGUCCCAUUAUGCCCACAAUAGUCGGUCCAGAUCCUUCCGGAGUAGCGUCACCAUUGGGCGUUGUUCCACAAACUGUCGUAACCCAGCAAAAAAUGCCCCGCUCCGACAGAUUGGAGGUUUGCCGCGAGUUCCAGCGCGGGGCGUGCAAGCGAGCAGAGUCUGAGUGCCGCUUUGCGCAUCCCGCCGACUCUGUGACGGCCAACGAGGACGGCACUGUCACUGUCUGCAUGGAUGCAGUCAAGGGACGCUGCAACCGCGACCCCUGCCGCUAUUUCCAUCCCCCUCUGCACCUCCAAGCCCAAAUCAAGGCCGCACAGUCUCGGGCUAGCGCGCCCGCUGCGGUGUCGCCCUUACUGGCACCACAAACUGCUGCCGCCCUCGAGAUCGGCAAGAAGAGACCUCGCGAGCCUAGCACCGCCGACACAGAUCUACUACUGAUGGACAUGAAAUCAGUUGGUUCCUUCUACUAUGAAAACUUUGCCUUCCCUGGCAUGGUGCCAUAUAAACGACCUGCAGCUGACAAAUCAGGAGUGCCAGUCUAUCAACCUAACGCAACUACAUACCAGCAACUUAUGCAGUUGCAACAGCCGUUUGUGCCCGUUUCAUGUGAGUACUCGGCCUCUCCCACGCCAGCUCCCACCUCAAGCGCUUCCCCUGCCGCCGCAGAUAUCCAACAAGUUCCUCCCACUUCCCAAGUAUCGCAAGUAAAAGAGGAGGAUUUAAUUCCUCCCGUCUCUACGCCGGUUACAUUACCCCCACCCCCAAUACCCGAUCCCGCCGCAUUGGCCAAAGAGGUUGCUCAGCAAAAUUACGCCAAGGCAGUAAAGUUGGCGGCAGCUAGUCAGUCUUUAGCUGCGAGUUCUUUGAGUCACUUGAAUCCGUUAAAUUACACAGGUGUCGCUCUCAACAAACAGGCUGUGGGUAUACCAACAACCGCGAACAUUCAGCGGUAUCCAACGCUGCCUCUAACAUUAGGCGCCGCAACCAACCUGAAUAUCGGUAUACAUCCGUAUGCUCUUACGCACACCAAUUUGUUAAAUAUGAGUAGACCACCAUCUACUUUAAACUAUCCAUAUUCACUGAUUCGGGCGCCCUACCCAGCUACGACCACACCUCAGCUUUUAACACCCAACUUAUUAACGGCACAAUACCCGGUAUCCGUUGCCGCGACGCCCAUAACCAACGUUCCUCCACCAACUCACAUUGCAGCGGCCGCCGCACAAAACAAUAACAAUACGGUAGUACAACCGUACAAAAAAUUGAAAACCUCCUAGAGUGAGUAAUUGUUCAUGUAAUUCGUCUAUCUUAACAACAUAAUCGUAUGUCCUGUUUUGUCAUUUUAAUAUUAUAAUAAUAUAAAGUUGAUAUAUUAUAAAUUGUUUACAUAUAGAAGUCUAGUCAAAAUAAUAAAAAAAACUAUUAGUGGUUAUGAAUGGGCGUGCGCUGAGCGACCCCGGACCAAGCGAGUGCCUAGUGCUUGUGAUAUCCUCACUCCCGCUGUAUGCACCGCUAUAUAAAUCCGCCCCCCCUAACGCCACUUUAAAAUAUUAAUAAUUUUAUAUAAUUGCUAAGAAUUGUUGUAUUUGAGGUGAAAGUGGUGAUAAAUUUGUUAGUGUCUUGCAUGGUGGUUUUGUACACAUUCUUUUUCCUUAAACAAUCCCUAAUCCUCUUUAUCGAUAGCAUGGUAGAUUUUAGUCUUGUUAGACAGUGCCAUUAUUGUAGGUACAGUCUGUAGUUGUAACUGACCCAAAAAGAUGCCGUGUAUGUCACAGCCGCGUGUCUUGCAAUCUCCGUGUAUGUGUUAGUCGAAACUUUGCAUGUCUGGGGCUUUAAAUACGUGUUCUGCAUGCGAUUUUAGUACUCAUGACGUUAACUUUUUUGGUUUUAACGAAAUACACUUCUUUUUGGGUUGGGUUAUUUCACUUGUCAAUUUUUUUUAUUCAGUACUGACCCUACUGAUUUCUGUUACUAAGUACCUCUUUUUUUUUAUUAUACUAUUAGCCUCAUAAUAAUUUGUCUUCCUGGGUUUGAUCUCAAGCACUUAGAUUUUACGUGUUGUACUUCUUCACCAAGAUUCUUUAUUUAUUUAUCUUCCCACUUUUACUACUACUGUUAAUCGAGAUAGGCUAGUGCAUUUUGUCUUAGAAUAGAAUUUGUGAUGUAACUAUUGACAGUUUGAAAGGAGCUGUCGUUUCUAGAAUUAUUUCAUCGGAAAUAUAAACUGCUUUAUGUCAUUAUCAAAGUAUUUUAUGUUGUGACGCUUCUUUGUAUUGAAUAUAAUUAAAUAUAGAUAAUGUAAACUAUUGUAAGUAGGUAUUCGUAUAAUGUUGUGUAAAAUUGCAUUUCUAGUAUACAGUUUGAUAAUAGGCUAGGUAUUUGGAGAUGUGGCCAUCCUGCUAAGCUAGUAUGUUAGUAACAACAUUGCUGCGGUUGCAUAGCUUACGCGACGCACACACAUUUAAACUUCUUCAAUGUCUUAUCACUAGAUCGCGUAGCAUAUGCAACUGUGCGUAAUCAGCUGCCAGCCACCUUCCAUCUUGACUCACAAUAAUAUAGUGCCUUGGGCCGCUGAUCACGCUUAUCGCAAAAGGUGUGGGUCACGCUCGCCACUUAGUGUGACAGCCUAUAUUCCUAUUUAUAUUAUUUACUGUACUAUUCUAAUCCAGAGGUGUAUGUAAUUAUGUCACAGCCACUGUUUGUAAUAAUAAUGCUUGAAAAUGCA